AAAGAAAAAAAUCACUGAGAAACUAUCAUUUUCUUGUCCAACAAAAAUUGGGUCUCAAAGCAUCAGUUCUUCAAUCAGCAGUGUAGCCACUGUGUUAUGGUGUGCCGGUUUGUUGCUUGUAGGAUUGUUUCCAACCGCUAUUACUGGAAUCACAGUCAAGGGACAUGAGAGAGAUCGCGAAGCACUGCUUGCCAUAAAGUCAUAAAUUAAUCAUAAUCCACUUGGAGUCACAAGCUCAUGGAACGACUCUGUAGCCUUGUGCCAGUGAAAAGGAAAAACUUGUGAACGUAGGCAUCAGAGGAUCACCAAGUUGGACUUAAGCCAGCAACGGUUGGGAGGUACCUUAUCUCCCUAUGUAGGGAACCUCAGCUUCCUAAGGUUCAUCAACCUUCAGGACAACAAUUUCUAUGGUGUCAUCCCCACUGAAAUUGGUCGACUUUCGGGGCUUGAAAGUUUAAUUUUAAAAAACAAUUCCUUUGGAGGAACAAUUCCAGUCAAUUUGACCCAUUGUUCUAACCUCAUUCAGUUUAUUGCCAGCCGGAACAACCAUGUUGGGAAUAUCCCAGCUGAGCUUGGCAAUUUGUUGAAGCUCGAGAAACUGCACAUUGGUUACAACAAUCAAACAGGACAACUGCCGACUUCUCUUGGGAACGUUUCCACUCUUCAAGAAAUCUUCUUAACUGUGAACAACUUGCAGGGUGGAUUGCUUGAUGCGCCGCUAGGCCUUCUAAAGAGGAACUCCUCAAAGCUACUGAUGGAUUCGCUUCAGCCAACUUAAUUGGCGAAGGAUGCUUUGGCCGCGUGUACCGAGGAAUUUUAGAUCAAAACCAGCAGCGAAAUGUAAUUGCGGUGAAGGUGAUGAAUCUACUAGAACAAGUUGGUUCCAAGAGCUUCCUCAAAGAAUGUAAAACAUUGAGAAAUGUCAGGCGUCGUAAUCUUGUCAAGAGAAUAUCUGCUUGCUCUGGUAUUGAUUUUCAAGGCAAUCCUUUCAAAGCCCUUAUCUAUGAGUUCAUGCCCAAUAGAAGUUUAGAAGGAUGGUUGCAUGCACCAAAAGAAGCAAAUGCCAUUGAACCUGGAGAACCAAAGAUCCUAAACUUUCCUCAAAGACUAAACAUUGCAAUUGAUGUGGCCUCAGCACUUGAUUACCUCCAUCAUCACUGCGAGGUGCCUGUAGUUCAUUGUGAUUUGAAGCCAAGCAACAUUUUGCUUGACCAUGACACGGUUGCUCAUGUAGGAGACUCUGGACUGGCCAGGUUUUCCCCAAAAUCCAUCAACAAUUCUUGCGGAAAUUCUACAAGCUCUCUUGGUCUAAAGGGAACCGUUGGUUAUGCUGCACCAAGUAUAUUAAUGUAUCUAGUUGUAAUAACAACCCUCAGGCAAAAAGGGAUGGAAGCUCGAUCAUUAAUGCUCUCCAUCUUAAAAUGUAAUUCUUUCAUAAUAUUUUUUUUGCAGCAAGAUCUAAUAGGCAAUAAAUUCCUAUGUUUGGCAGAGUAUGGCAUUGGAACAGAGGCAACAACAAGCGGGGACAUGUACAGCUUUGGAAUACUCCUGCUGGAAAUGUUCACAGGUAAGAGACCCACCGAUGACAUGUUCAAAGAUGAUCUAACACUUCACCAUUCCACAAAGAUGGCAUUGUCUGAUCAAGUACUUGAAGUUGUGGAUCCAUUACUUCUAGCUGGGGAUAACGAAGAAGAGAAUGCAAAUUGCGGUAGAAACCCCAGGAGAACACGCAUGCAAGAAACCAGAAAGAUAGAGUGCCUGAUUUCCAUCUUGGGUGUUGGAAUUGCUUGCUCCGUUGAAUCACCCAAAGGUCAGAUGGACAGUGUCGAUGCAGCCACGCAACUGCGUUCUAUCGGGGACAAAUUUCUAGGGACCAGGAUCCGGACACAUAGAGAAGCACGUGUUUAGAAUAGAGUUUGGUUGUUUUUUGUUGUUCUAGCCAAAAACAUUACUACUUGUUUUUCUCAGUAAAACUUCCUGAAUUCUA